ACUACUGAAUAGUGCAUAUAGCCACCUAGUGGUAGUGUUGGUGAUGAGUAAGGCUGUUGUCUGUUUUUACUGAACUGGGGAUCUUAUAGGGGCUUAUGCUGUAGUGCCGGUCAUUCGGAUUCUUACCACAGAUCAUGGUGGAGCUUUCCAUUUCUAUAGCUUUUCGCCCCUCUCUGUAACAUUUUAAUUUGCAAACCUUAAUCUUAAUUUUGAAAACAGAUGAAUGUAUAUUUUCAAGACCACAGCCUCUUAAUUGAGAAAGAAUGAUUUUUGUUUUGGGAUGUUACCUUGACCAGUGAGAUCCUUAUAUUUUAGAUCCUGUUGUUGGUCGCUACUAUUCCCUUCUUCAGCUAACGUUUCUUUUUCAAUGGACUUUUUGUGAACUGUUCUAUAUGAUUUAGAUAAGUGGAAACAUUUGCUUCCCUCUCACACUCACAUCCUGCUUUCAGAGGGGAAAAGGUAUGGGUGAUUGAGAUUCAAAGAACGAGUUCCUUUCUUUAUUAUUAAGGAAACAUUUUUGAGCAGGGUUAUGUCUUGCCACUGGUGAGGACGCACGGAAGACUUAAAGACCCUCCAGGUGACUCUUUCAGCUAUUGCAUGACUGCACAACCCUGUCGCAUCUGCGGAGGACGAGACUGCAGCAAUGGAAAGUAUUUCAAAUGAAAGUGACAUUUGGCAAUUCAAUGAAUCUUGGAGGAACUCGAGUCUCAUUAACGGAACCGGUGGUUUGAAUCAGACAAACCCCUUGAAGCGGAAUGAAGAAGUGGCGAGGGUGGAGGUGACUGUGCUCGCCUUGGUCCUCUUUCUGGCGCUCGCGGGUAACCUGUGCGUCCUGUUGGCUAUCCACACAACCAAACACAGCCAGUCUCGUAUGUAUUAUUUUAUGAAACACCUGAGCAUCGCCGAUCUGGUUGUGGCGAUAUUUCAAGUUCUCCCUCAACUUAUCUGGGACAUUACAUUUCGGUUCUAUGGACCAGACAUCUUGUGCCGGUUGGUGAAAUACCUGCAGGUCGUUGGGAUGUUCGCCUCCACUUAUAUGUUAGUUUUGAUGUCUAUAGACAGGUGUUUGGCAAUUUGCCAGCCCCUCCGUUCUUUGCACAGGAGAAAAGACCGUUUAUAUGUCAUAUUUUCCUGGAUCCUGAGUCUGCUCUUCAGUAUCCCCCAGAUGUUCAUCUUUUCCCUGAGGGAGGUUGGCUCGGCCGGAUCAGGGGUGUAUGACUGCUGGGGCGACUUCGUGAAACCUUGGGGAGCCAAAGCUUACAUCACAUGGAUCAGCCUUACCAUAUACAUAAUUCCAGUGGCCAUACUGAGCAUUUGUUAUGGGUUGAUAAGCUUUAAAAUAUGGCAAAACUUUAAACUGAAAACCAGACGGGAGCAGUGCAUAAACCUGACGCCUAAAACCACCAAAAGCAACACACUGGCCCGUGUAAGCAGCGUAAAGCUCAUCUCCAAGGCGAAGAUCACGACAGUGAAGAUGACUUUUGUGAUCGUGGUGGCUUACAUCGUCUGCUGGACCCCCUUUUUCUCAGUUCAGAUGUGGUCUGCGUGGGAUCCAGCAGCCCCCCGUGAGGCCAUGCCCUUCAUUAUCUCCAUGCUGCUGGCCAGCCUCAACAGCUGCUGCAACCCCUGGAUCUAUAUGUGCUUUGCCGGGCAUCUGUUCCAGGAUCUUAGGCAGAAUCUUCUUUGCUGUUCCACCCGCUACCUCAAGUCAUCCCAGUGCCACUGUGAGCGUGACUUUAACUCCAGUCACAAGAGCAACUCUUCAACCUUUGCCAUUAAGAGCACUAGCAGUCAGAGGAGCAUCACACAGACUUCUACCACAUAAGCCCCGGGCCCUCCAUUCCCCUCCUUGCGCUGUGCCCUCAGCCUUUCACUACGUGCUGUCGACCAUAAAAUAUCCAGCAGUUUGAUUUCUUUUAUGCCUCCUCACUGAGGCUUGAUGUUUAGAAGUGGGAAGACAACAAAAGUCUUAAUUUUUUUUUCUGUUUUAUAUCAGAGUGAAGUGGGAAAAGAAUUGUGAUAAAAGGAAAUCUUCAGCUGAGUAUUCCUAGGGGGUAAAGCGUUGCUCUUUAAAACUCACAGAGAGAUAAUCACAGACUAAGCUGUAUCUUCAGCUGAUUUUUUGUUGUAUUUUCUUCUUACACUUUUCAUUUUAGAUGUACAGUAUAGGUUUGCAAUGCAGAAAAAGUACAGUCUUUACAAAGCUUCUAAGCGCCGUCAGCCACAGCAUGGGUUCAGUUAGUGUCACCAGCAGAGCUUCUGGAUCCUACUUGUCAUGUUGUGUUAUGAUGAAAUUGUUCUUCUGUUGUAAAUACUGCGCACCACAUUUUUCAUUUUGUCACAUUUUCAGUGGACUGCAUACCUGUAAAACAUGUAAAACGUUACUUGAGUUCUUGUUAGAUGUGAGAUGCCUGUCACUGGUAAAUAUUUUCAAAAAACAUAUUAAAAAAAUAAAGAAUGAAAGCAACCAAAAAUACACUUAUGAUAAAAUUAUUUAAACACAGCUGGUUAGUUUUCCUUUCGCCUCCUGAAAGGAGUCUAAAAAGAUUCUUGGCAUAACAUUCAAGUUGGGAACAUCCUGUUUCAGCCCCAAAAUUCAGUAUAGGGUUGAGACCUGACCUGGUUGAGAGUUUAUACACUAAUGAGUGACUCAUGUUUCUGUCAGAUACCUGAAGGCAACAGUUGCUGCAUGACAUGAAAAUAAAAUAAGCUGUGACUAAAUAACUCUGACGUGUUGACAGUCUGGAUUUGUUAAUUGCAGCACAAUGGUUAUCAAUACUGGUAGUCAGAAGGGACUUGAAUGAAAAGCCAAAACUGUAUGAUACAAUGAAUAUUAUAAUUAAAUAUGAAUAAAUAAUACUGAAAGUACAGCAACAUCCCUCAGAUGUGUAAAAGGCGGGUCAUUAUUAUUCAGCUGCCUUAUACUGAUCGAGCCAAGCUUUAGAUUUAAUCUUGAAGAGUCAAAAUGAUGGAUUUGAGUAGGCUAAUAUUUACCUUGAACACUAAUUGGCCACUUUUUCAGGUACAACUGUUCAAAUGCUCAUUAAUGCAAAUAUUGAAUCAAUUAAUCACAUGGCAGCAAUUCAAUGUAUUUAGGCAUGUGGAUUUGAUCAAGACAACCUGCUGGAGUUGGAACCGAGCAUCAGGAUGAAGAAGAAGAUCAUACUACUGUAGAUGCCACUCCUGUCAUCCAAGAACAGGAAAUCGAGGCUACAGUUUACACCGACCCACCAAAAUUGCACAAUGGAAGAUUGGAAAAAACAUUGUUUGCUCUGAUGAUUGUGACGGAUUCAGAUUCCAAUCAUUUUAUUUAUCCCCAACUUAUUGGGAAAUUAAGAGUGUCACGAGUGGCAUAUAGUGAAACAGAAUAAGUGGGUGGUGGUCAUUUUGUUGACACUCUCUCCCCCCCAAAAGUUACCCGAGUAUUGCUGCCAACCGUAUCACUUUAUGACCACAGUUAUCCAUCUGCUGAUGACUGCUUCCAGCAGGAUAAUGCACCAUGGCACAAGUUCAACUCAUCUCAAACUGGUUUCUUGACCAUGACAAUGAGUUCACUGUACUCAAAUGGCCUCCACAGUCACCAAAUCGCAGUGCAGUAGAGCACCUUAGAGAUAUGAUGGAAUGAGAGAUUUUCAUCAUGAAUGCGCAGCCAGCAAAUCUGCAGCAGCUGUGUGAUGCUAUCAUGUCAAUGUGGAGCAAAAUCUCUGAGGAAUGAUUCAGCACCUUGCUGAAACUGUGCCACAAACCAUUAAUGCAGUUCUGAAGGCAAAAAGCAAUCUAACAUGUACUAGCAAGGUGUACCUAAUGCAAAGGCCAAUCUUUCCAUUAAACAGGUAUACAUAUGUAUGGAUUCAGUCAUUCGUAGCCUUGUUACUGUGCUAAUGUCUAAAGCCACUAAUGGAACCAUUAUUAUUAAAUGACUCAUAAAUGAGCGGUUAUUGACCACAUCAAUAACUGCUCAUUCACAAGUACUUUAUGGGUACAUUAAUUAAAAAUAAAUAUGGAGGCCAAUCAGUGUGUGUGAUUCUGCUUUUUUAAUUUAUGUUUCGCAAAAGGCAGAAAAAAUAUGUAAAUGAAAAACUUAGAAAAUGAGUAUUUAUAUUUUAUACUUUACUUGCUAACUGCCCUUUUUUCCAGUGAUUCAGCAGCAUUAAUUUUGUGCUCAUGAAACUGAAAAUUUGUUUUUGAAAAUAAAGCCCUGCAUUUCCUUUUAAUCUGCUUUCCAGUGGAUUCAACCUGACAAUUCAGUGUAAGAAUUGUAAAAAUCAGUGAAAAGGUUUAAUCUUGCAGUAAACAUAUGUUUACUAAAGUCUGUGAGUUUAAAAUGUGUGUCUUGGUUAUUAAAAUGUGUGAUGAGAGCUUAACCUAAUUAAGUCUUACAAAUUAAGAGCAUCAUAAAAUGAAAGUGAUUAAAGCCUUUUUGUUUUAAUAAAAUGUGGUUGCAUAACUACAUAAGGCAUUAAACAGUGUGAUAAUGUCUUGAAGAGUCUGCUAUUUCUCAGUAUUAUAGUAUGUGGACUAUACAAAAGUGGUUUAUAGCUAAGAAGAAAUGAGUGUGGUGACAAUGAAUUAUUGAUCGUGGAUCUCAGACACAAAAGAAAAGCACAUGAAAGAUACACAACAGCAACCUCUGGUGGGUCACAGGUCACAGGUCACCUCUUCCAGAAGGACAGUAUCAGGGAAACAGAUGUUAGGCUCAGAUAUUUUCUGACGCCUCUCAGAAGGUUUUGAAAAAUGCACACAAUACACUCAAACUCUGGUGCAACAUAGUCAGCAAAACGAUUUUCUGUCCAGUUUAAGGUAUUUUUGUAAUGUUUUUGCUUCUCAGACUGCAGGUCUAAAAAAAGAAAAGAAAAAACCAGAAAAGAAAAACACUGUGAAAAAUUAACACAGAUCUCACAAAGAAAUUUUACUUCACUCCAACUUAUAUGUUUAGAAUUGACUAAAAUACGCAAAUAAGCAUUUUUAUUAUUCACCUCAUCACACUUUGAAUAGAGGAAGUGUCUGUUUGACACAUGUAUGCAUUUGUAA